GGCCAUCUGGACCGCCCUGGUCGAGGAGUGCAUGCCGGUACCACAGGUGGAGGAUUGGAGAGCCAUCGCUGCUGGGUUCCAGGAGCGCUGGGAGUUUCCCAACUGUGUUGGUGCCAUAGAUGGGAAGCACGUCGUUAUCCAGGCUCCAGCAAAUGCAGGUUCCCUCUACUUUAAUUAUAAGUCCACCCACUCCUUGGUACUGCUGGCUGUGGUGGAUGCUGAGUACCUGUUCAGGGUAGUGGAUGUUGGAGGCUUUGGGAGGAGCAGCGACAGUGGGAGCCUGCGGAAUUCUGCAUUUGGAGAGAGCCUCCGAGACGGCAGUCUGCAGCUACCACCUGACACCGUCAUCGCAGGAUCAGAGCGGCGGGGCCCUCUCCCCCAUGUCUUCGUUGGAGAUGAGGCAUUUCCGCUGCUGGACAACCUUCUGCGUCCAUUCCCUGGACGUCACCUCACGAAAGGAAAGGAGGUUAUUUAA